GAAAAAAAAAUCGUCCUUUUGGCUCUUUGAACAGAGAAAAACUCAGAAAAUUGAGCUCUGGUAAUGGCGGGUUUGGCAAUUUCACCUCCUCUCGGUCUUUACUUCUCUUCUCGAACUCGAAACCCUAAACCCACUUCGUAUCUAUCUCACAAUCCAAGGAAUCCUAUAAGACGUAUAGUUUCUGCUCUACCGAGUCCUUAUGGAGAUUCUCUGAAAGCUGGACUUUCUAGUAAUGUUUCUGGAUCCCCAAUAAAGAUUGACAACAAGGAUCCAAGAUUUGGGGUGAUAGAGGCGAAAAAGGGAAAUCCGCCAGUAAUGCCUUCAGUGAUGACCCCUGGAGGACCUUUAGACCUCUCUUCUGUGUUAUUCCGUAACCGCAUAAUAUUCAUCGGGCAACCAAUAAACGCACAAGUUGCUCAGCGAGUCAUAUCUCAGCUUGUAACCCUUGCAUCUAUUGAUGAUAAAUCCGACAUCCUGGUGUACUUGAAUUGUCCUGGUGGCAGCACCUACUCUGUCUUAGCAAUUUAUGACUGUAUGUCUUGGAUAAAGCCUAAAGUUGGAACAGUGGCGUUUGGAGUAGCGGCAAGCCAAGGAGCACUUCUUCUUGCUGGAGGUGAAAAAGGAAUGCGAUAUGCAAUGCCAAAUACUCGUGUCAUGAUACAUCAACCACAAACUGGAUGCGGAGGACAUGUGGAGGACGUGAGGAGACAGGUGAAUGAAGCCAUUGAAGCCCGACAAAAAAUUGACAGGAUGUAUGCAGCUUUCACUGGACAACCUCUCGAGAAAGUGCAGCAAUACACUGAAAGAGAUCGUUUCUUAUCCGCAUCUGAGGCGCUCGAGUUCGGGCUCAUUGAUGGUCUAUUGGAAACAGAAUACUGAAUCAGCUUACAGGACAAUGCACAGAGACAGCUCAUUGCAAUGUUCAAAGCUUCCAAUUUCAUUUGAAUAUGAACAAUUGUAACUGAUAUUUGUGCAUAAAUCAGUAUGGUUUUC